CAUGCGGUGAUGUUCAGUGAUCAACUACUAUGAAGUCACCAUUUGUUAUAUAAUCUGCUGGCCAAGGUUGUGACUAUACCACGGUAGCUACUCCCCCUAUUGAAUUACACAGGCAAAAUGCAAAGAAAUGGAGACAGUAGAAGAGUCGUGACUCUAUGCUGUAUCCUCAAGGAUGAGCGCAUCUCCUAUGAAUGACUACUCUCUUAGCAUUCAGGAGGAGGACAGACCAGUCAUGACACUUGCCAAUCAAGUACAGAAUAUGCUGUCAUUCUGGGAUGUGGUAAUAUAUUUCUCUGCAGAGGAGAGGGAAUACCUGGGUCCUCCUCAGUGGAAAUUGUACAGGGAUGUGAUGCUGGAGAAUUACAACAACCUUGUCUUUCUAGGUCUUGCUUCCUCUAAGCCAUACCUGGUCAGAUUUCUGGAGCAAAUACAAGAGCCUCUAGAUGUGAAGAGUCAAGUGGCCAUCUCUAUGUACUCAGGGGGAAAUAGCUCUACAUGCAAAGAAGUUUCUGAGAGGGAAAAAGUACUUGGAAAUCAGCAGAUAAUUCAUUUAGGUUUGAAGCCAUAUAGUUGUGAAGAGGUUGGCAAGUCCUUUUGUUUUUCAUCAUUACUUUCUGAACACAAAAGAAUCCAUACAGGAGAAAAACCCUACAAGUAUGAAACAUGUAGCAAGGCCUUCCAUGUUCCAUCAAAACUUUCUCAACACAAGAUAAUUCGCACAGGAGAAAAACCCUACAACUGUGAAGUAUGUGCCAAGGCCUUCAAAUAUCCAUCAAGACUUUCAAAACAUAAGAUAAUUCAUAAAGGUGAGAAGCCAUACAAAUGUAAAGUAUGUGGAAAGGCCUUCUUCUCUCCAUCAUCUAUUUGUCAACACGAGAGAAUUCAUACAGGAGAGUUACCCUGCAAGUGUGAUGUAUGUGGCAAGGCUUUCCAAUAUCCAUCAUUACUUUCAAAACACAAGAUAAUUCAUACAGAACAAAAACCCUACAAGUGUGAAGUAUGUGGAAAUUUCCUCCGCUCUCGAUCAUCACUUCAUGAACACAAGAGAAUGCAUGCAGGAGAGAAACCCUACAAGUGUGAAGUAUGUGGCAAGGCCUUUGAAUAUCCAUCAAGACUUUCAAAACAUAAGAAUAUUCAUACAGGAGAGACACCAUACAAGUGUAAAGUAUGUGGAAAGGCUUUCCGCUCUCCAUCAUCACUUCGUGUACACAAGGGAAUUCAUAGAGAAGACAAACCCUACAAGUGUGAAGUAUGUGGCAAGGCCUUCCGUUAUUCAUCAGUACUUUCAGACCAUAAGAAUAUUCAUACAGGAGAGACACCAUACAAGUGUAAAGUGUGUGGAAAGGCCUUUCGCUCUCCAUCAUCACUUCGUGUACACAAGGGAACUCACAGAGGAGGAAAACCCUACAAGUGUGAAGUAUGUGGCAAGGCCUUCCAUUAUCCAUCAAUACUUUCCAACCAUAAGAAUAUACAUACAGGAGAGACACCAUACAAGUGUAAAGUAUGUGGAAAGGCCUUCCACUCUCCAUCAUCACUUAUUCUACACAAGGGAACUCAUAGAGAAGACAAACCCUAUAAGUGUGAAGUGUGUGGCAAGGCCUUCCGUUAUCCAUCAAUACUUUCCAACCAUAAGAAAAUUCAUAGAGAACAAAAACCCUCCAAGUGUAAAGUAGGUAGAAAGGUCUUCUGGUCUCCAUCAUCACUUCCUGAGCAGAAAAGAAUUCAUACAAGAGAGAAACCCUACAACUGUGAAAUAUGUGGCAAGGCCUUCAAAUAUCCAUCAAGACUUUUAAAACAUAAGAUAAUUCAUACAAGAGAGAAACAAUACAAGUGUAAAGUGUGUGGAAAUGCCUUCUGCACUCCAUCUUCACUUUGGCAACACAAGAGAAUUCAUACAGGAGAGUUACCCUGCAAGUGUGAUGUAUGUGGCAAGACCUUCCGCUUUCCAUCAUUACUUUUAAAACACAAGAUAAGUCAUACAGACCAAAAACCCUACAAGUGUAAAAUAUGUGGAAAUUUCCUUCGCUCUCAAUCAUCACUUCAUGAACACAAGAGAAUGCAUGCAGGGGAGAAACCCUACAAGUGUGAAAUAUGUGGCAAGGCCUUUGAAUAUCCAUCAAGACUUUCAAAACAUAAUAACAUACAUACAGGAGAGACACCAUACAAGUGUAAAGUGUGUGGAAAGGCUUUCCGCUCUCCAUCAUCACUUCGUGUACACAAGGGAAUUCAUAGAGAAGAUAAACCCUUCAAGUGUGAAGUAUGUGGCAAGGCCUUCCGUUAUUCAUCAGUACUUUCUGACCAUAAGAAUAUUCAUACAGGAGAGACACCAUACAAGUGUAAAGUGUGUGGAAAGGCCUUCCGCACUACAUCAUCACUUCAUAUACACAAGGGAAUACAUAGAGAAGACAACCCCUAAAAGUGUGAAAUAUGUGGCAUGGCCUUACAAAAUCCAUCAGUACUUUCAGACCAUAAGAAAAUUCAUACAAGAGAGAAACCUUAAAAGUGUGAAGUAUGUGGCAGACUUUCCAGUAUUCACCAUUACUUUCUAAACACAAGAUGAUUCAUACAGAAGAGACUCCCUACAAGUGUGAAGUAUGUGGCAAGGUCUUUACUUAUCAAAAUGCUAAACAAAUUUAGGGAUCAUCAAAGAAUUCAUUCUGGAAAGAAACCAUACAAAUGUAAAAAAUGUGGCAAAUACUUUUGAAUUUCAUGGCAUGGUCUGAACACAGAAUAAUUCUUAUUGGAGAUAAACACUACGCAAGUGGAGAAUGUGGCAAACACUGUAUUACCGGUCUUUGGGUCUUAAGCAACAUCAAAGAAUUCAUCUAUGAGAGAAACCACACAGUGUGAAGAAUGUGCUAAGGUCUUUUGGACUUACAGAAACCUUGGGGAAAACCUCAUAAUUCAUACUAGACUGAAAUGUCACAAGUAUGAAAAAUAUUGCAAACCCUUUAAUGAGCAUUCUUAUAUUUCUGAAAACAAGGUAGCUUGAACUAGAGUGAAAUAGUACAAAUGUUAAAAUGUUCAAAAAAAUCUUAACUUCUUCAAACCUAAAAAUUGUCAAAAGCUUCAUGCUGAACCGAAGCCCUAUAAGUUUUGGGAAUGUGGUAAAGGCUUUGGAAUCAUUCAUAAAAUCAUGCCAAAAUUGGAGCUCUCAGACUGUGUGUUUGUCCUUCUGGAUUUGGGGCUGAUUCUUUCUUACUGUCUUUUUGUUUCUUCUGUUUUAGAAUUGAAACCCUUGUUCUAUACCAGUAUGUAAAAAGAAGUCACUUGUUCUUAUGUUGUAGAAGCUCACAGUCAAGAGAUUUCCUUGAGUCUCAUUUGACACAUGGGCUGUGGUCUUUCAUAGUGUUGUAAUUGUUUAAUCCUUUGUGGACCUUUCAAGUUGUAGGCUGUUUGACUUCUGAGGUGGGGCUAAGGUUGGGGAAAGGGAAGGAAUGUUAUGAUUUAAAACUUUGUGGCUAGAGCUAGCAUGUUGACUUUGGAAACAAACUGAAUUUCCUAUAACCCCCACAUGCAUGUUAGUAUUCCCAGUACUCACAAAGUAGAAGUAAUUACCUCUGAAGGUUUUCCUCUGACCUCCAUGAAUAGGCUCCCACACAAACAUAAAUUUGUGUGCCCAGAAAUAAAUAAACAUAAUUAUGCUUUUGAGUGACUUUGCAUUUUAUGUGGCCAAGCAUCAAAAAGUAAUGCUUAUAUCUCAAUUGUUAGAAAUCAUUUGAGUUGCAAACCUCCUGUUGAUUUGUAGGACUUAUCUUAAUUAGUUUAAUUGAUUUCAGAAGGUCACUUAAUUUCAUUUGGAAGUAUCUGUUUGACUGAGAUGCUGCAGUAUCAGAUAAUACCCUUAGAUCAACUAUUUAUCCAUCUCCUGCUUCCUCACUGUGGAAGAAAUAUGACCAGCUGCUUAUGUUCCUGUUGUUUUAACUUUCUCACCAUGUGUUGUGGUUGGAAUAAGAAUUGCCCCAAGGGCUCAUAGAAUAGAUUUGAAUGCUUAGUCAUCAGGUAAUAACAGUGCUGGAAAAGGAUUAAGAAGUGUGGCAUCAUUGGUGUAAGUGUGUCAAUGGGGGUCAUAUUUGAGAUUUCAAAGGUUCAGACCCAGUGUCCCCCUCUUUUCCUGACUAUGGGUCAGUAUGGAUAAUUCUCAGCUACUUCUCAAGCUCCAUGUCUACCUACAUGCCAAUGAGCUCCCUAGCUUGCUCACCACAAUAAUAAUGGACAAACCUCUGAAACUGUUUACAAGUCCCGAUUAAAUGUUUUCUUUUAUAAGA